AUGACAGACCAGUUCGACGCUAGCUAUGACGCACCAGAAGACACCGAGACGAAUGGGCCGAUUCGCAUCAAGUCGAUUUACAUCCAUCCUGUCAAGUCAUGUGGCUUCAUUGAAGUGAACCGGGCUCUUCUGACCAAGACGGGUUUUCUUUACGACAGAUGCUUCGCCAUUUCUACCGAAGUUGUCGAUCCAGACACGAGAGAAAUAUCAUGGAAGUUCAUCAGCCAACGUACAAAGCCGAACAUGUGCCACAUCAGGACAGAAAUUUGGCUUCCUCGCGACAAUAGCGACGCUAAUGAUCCGCUAGUCCAGGCGGGUGGAUGCGUCGUGCUCGCUUUCCGUGACCCGGAUCCUCCCAGCUGGAUUCAACGGCUCGAGACUCUGCUUUACACGUGGGACUCCACCGCCGUACCCGAGGUCAUGAUGAUCGCACCACUCCAACCUACACCUUCGGAGACAAGCGAAUUCGGAAUCAAAAUCAAAAAGUUCGGUAUUCAUGCUCGCCAAGCAAGCGGUCUUGACAUGGGAAGCAUCCCGUCAGUCGCGGAGGCCCUACCUAAACUGAAGAAAUACCUCCAAAUCCCGGAUAAACGAGGCUUGACACUCAUGAGGUGCACCCCUGACACCUUAACCCGAUGCGAUAGGAACUUGGCGCCCCUCCAACACAUCGGCACACCAUCUGUUCACGGCUACACCGACCAGCAGCCCGUUAAUGUUAACUCCCUUUCCUCGGUGCAUGCCGUCUCGGCACUGAUGCCGCCGGAGAAUCGACCCCUGGAUGCUCUUCGCUUCCGCGCAAAUAUCUGGGUCACUGGAGCGCCGGCAUUCGCGGAAGAGUCCUGGAAGCGCUUCCGUAUUCUUCCAAAGGCGAUCUCUGAGGACAAGAGAGCUGAAGUUGCGCCAAAGCUCUCGGUCGUCUGCCGUACUUCUCGUUGCACGAUGCCCAACGUCAACCUCCAGACAGCUACCUUCGACGCAGAUAGACCAGCGGCGGAAAAAAAGAAGGGGAAACCACAACCGAGUACGACUUUGAUCGAUUACCGUACUGUUGAGAAUGGUAACCCCGCAGCAUUGGGGUACAUUGGUAUGCACUGCGUUCCUGAGGACCAGGACCUAGAGGAGGCCAAGGAGCAGAGGGCAGGUUUGUAUGUCAAAGUAGGUGAUGAGAUUGAGGUGUUGGAGACUGGUGUCCAUCUGUAUGGCUCAACCGGCAAAGACUAUUAG